GCCCUAUUAAUACUUUAAUAUCUCCAAAUGGGAAAAUGGCGAUAUGGCGUGAUCCUGGACGCUGGCUCGUCUGGGACGCGUGUACAUAUUUAUCGAUGGCUUAAUAAUUUUAAAGCGCGACAGAGCGAUGAUCUGCAAAAGUUGAGAUCGCUCCCUGAAAUCAAAACCAAGGAGGAAUGGACGAAGAAAAUCAAGCCUGGUAUUUCGACGUUCGCCGAUAAACCAGAACGUGUCGGUUCUGACCACUUGGAUGAAUUAUUGCAACAUGCACUCGAUGUCGUGCCGGAAACCGCUGUCAAAGAUACGCCCGUCUUUCUCCUUGCCACCGCUGGCAUGCGCUUGUUGAGCGAUGCACAGCGAGCCCAGAUCCUAAACGAAGUGUGCUCGUAUUUCCGAUCUAACUCGGGUUUCCUACUGCCCGAGUGUGAUAUUCAUAUACAAGUUAUACCUGGAGAAACGGAAGGUCUGUAUGGAUGGAUUGCCGCAAACUACUUGCUGGGAAGUUUUGAUUCCCCAGAGGACCACGCCCACGGAAAAGAUCAUCAUACAUACGGUUUCCUCGAUAUGGGAGGCGCGUCUGCCCAAAUUGCUUUCGUUCCAAACGCUACGGAAACCGAAAAACAUGCCAAUGACCUCAAGCUUUUGAGGCUACGAAAUGUCGAUGGCUCGACUCAGGAGUUCCGGAUCUUCGUCACUUCAUGGUUGGAGUAUGGUGUCCGUGAAGCACGACGUCGCUUCGUUGCAGCUAUACAAGAAUCAGUUGGCUCGACUGAUGUCAAUGAAUAUCCGGAUCCUUGUCUACCACGAGGAUUGCGAACGACACUCGAUGGGGCGAUAGUGGAUGAGUCGCUCGAGGAGCCGCAUUUGUUGGGCACAGGCCGGUUUGAUGAGUGCUUACGCCAGACAUAUCCAUUGCUCGAUAAAGAUGCCCCCUGCGCAGACGAACCUUGUUUGUUACAUGGCAUUCAUGUUCCGGCAAUUGACUUUGAUGUCAAUCAUUUCGUUGGUAUCAGCGAAUAUUGGCAUACUACGCACGAGAUCUUCGAGAUGGGAUACAAGGAUAAAGCUUAUGAUUUCAAUACCUACCAGCAACGAGUAAGCGCAUUCUGUUCACAAGACUGGGGGUCCAUCAACCUAGGCAUAGCCGAGUCCCGAUGGGGUUCGAAAGUUGAUGCUUCCAAAGCACAAGAGGUCUGCUUCAAAGCCUCGUGGAUCAUCAAUAUGCUCCACAGUGGCAUUGGCAUCCCGCGAGUUGGGAUUGAGAAUAUUGGUGCUUCUGCCCACAACGGCACUAAGGAAGUUUUGCAACACGGCAAGGAAAAGGGGUACCUUGAUCCAUUCCAAGCUAUCCACAAGAUUGACUCCACAGAAGUCAGCUGGACACUUGGUAAAGUCGUGCUAUAUGCUUCAUCUCAGGUUCCGGCUGUUGAGCCGGAUGCUCUUCCUGUUGGGUUUGGCAGCAACGAACCAGGAAUUCCUGUCGAUUUCCAAUAUCCUAGCGUUGAGCUUGUUCCUGGACCUGGGCCCGUGGCAGAAGAGAGUGAAAGCUGGCACGAUGCAUUAUUCGGUGGAGAAUCCCCUCGACGAAUCCCAGGACUGCUCCUGUUUGUGCUCAUCAUCGUUAUUGCAUUAUUCUUCCUCUGCGGCCGUACCCGUCGCUCAAGGUUAUAUAUCAAAAUGCAGAACAUGUUCAAACGUGGCGGAGCGAGGAUGCGCCGCAAAUAUCCUGGAAAGCUGUCAUUCAUCGGACGCAAUGGCCCAUCUUAUGAGCGAGUCUUGGAAGAUGGUGCAGCUCAGUUUGAACUUGCUGAAGCAGACACUGACAGCGAUGACGAUGGUUAUGCAGCCGACUCGGAUGGUAUCAGUCCGGCCCACUCUAAGCGCAAUUCAUACAAAGGGUCAGCAACCGGUUCACAAACACCAGGCCUCAAAUUUGAGUUUGACAACAUGUCAUCAAGUAGUAUAGGAUUGGGAAUUGCCCCAGCUAAUGUCUUGGAUCGACAAGGCCUAGUUGUGAGAACUGAGAGUCGAGAACAUCUCGUCCCCACAGCAACUCAAGGAAGUCGGUCUCGUACCGUGAGUCCAACAAGAGGGCGAAAGUCGCCGAUGCUGAAGCCUGUGACUGACGAGUAAUGAAGACAUCUGCGUGCUUGCACAUAGUGGUUGUCUAUGAUAAUACGAUAAAGUGGUUUUCAUAUAUCUUUCUGGCGUUAUACGGUCCCUACCGGGUUCUUUGACUAGGAUUCUGAUACUUUCGAUUCUCGAGCACAUCUCUCUGAGAGGUACUGCUUUUUGAAGUUCUUGUAGAAAUAGAUACUUUACAAUCAUAUAAUUCUGAAGAAGAG